CACUUUGAACCGGUGUCAACAAACAACAACAAUAUUUUCGACCCUGCGACGGACGCCAUUACUCCCACCUUACACUCUUGUGUGUGAAACUGCGGACACAGAGAGAGAUUUACCACUCAUUCAUGCCCAACAGUCCAAGUCUCUUUUGUUUUGUCGUCACAUUUGACUCCUUGGAGGGAUAACGGCUGUCCCGGGACCUUGGUGCUGCUCUGUAGACCCUCUCUGAAGUAUCCUGAAGGGCUCAUAGGGACGGUUUUAGACGGAGUCAUCCAGCUGCGGUGUUGGAGCGGCCGCAGCAGCAGCAGCCUCCCCGUCAGGAGGAGGUAUCGGUCUCUGGAGAGGUGGUGUGGAGGUAUGACGGCAUUGGCGGGGUCAAUACCCAGGAUGAUGCGACCCACGCUGGCUCAGAACUAUUCCCGUAGUGGGUUUCCACUGGAAGGUACAGCAACAUGGGACCGACACGGAGUUUACUGCCGUGGGUGUUCAGGGCGCAUGUUUUAUUUUGAGUAUUAGCAGAGAACAUUGUGUAACAAACUUUAUCUGAAAAGCGACUUUUUAAAAUUAAGACCUUUUAAAAUUGACAGUUAAUUCUUUUUACGAUCUAGCUGCUGUUUUAAUCGCUUUACAGUUUUAUCUCCCUAUUUGCGUCGUAAUUCACAAUCUUUUACCAACCCUACAUAUUAACUUUAUUGUACUCCACCCUUCAGGCCUAUGUUGUAAAUGCUAGACUAGAUUCACAAUAUAAUUUACUGAUCAAAAGUUUCUAUUAUAAUUGAAUAACAAACAUUUAUUUUUAUUUGCUGUUUCAUGAAAGGCCAUUAUUUGGUGUUGCAUUUAGGUUCAGUUUCACUUGAUGUGACCCGGACAGAGUGCACUGAAUAACUUUAUUGGCAUAUCCCUCUCAUAUUUUGAUCAUAUAUAGUGUCAACCCCGUUGGGUCAAGGCCGAGUGAACCAGCUCGGAGGGGUUUUCAUAAACGGGAGACCCUUGCCUAACCACAUCCGGCAUAAAAUCGUGGAGAUGGCCCACCACGGCAUCAGGCCGUGCGUCAUCUCCCGGCAGCUCCGCGUCUCCCACGGCUGCGUGUCUAAGAUCCUGUGCCGGUACCAGGAGACGGGCUCCAUCAGACCCGGGGCCAUCGGAGGCAGCAAACCCAAGGUAUGGCCCAGAAAGAGCACGGUCAAAGAAAGCAUUUCUUUUCAAUAAAGCACUUCAAAAUAAAAGUUUUAAAUUAUUUAUAAAAGCCUGAAAUGUUCUGUAAGCAAAAUGAGUAACUUUUGUGACUUUUCUGACCCUUGAAGCAGGGGACAACACCAGAUGUAGAGAAGAGAAUAGAAGAAUACAAGCGGGAAAACCCGGGUAUGUUUAGCUGGGAGAUACGGGAUAAAUUACUGAAGGAUGGGAUCUGUGACCGCAACAACGUCCCAACAGGUAAAAAGAGGCACAAAUGAAUAUAAUCCCACAAAAAGUAAUUAGAGACAUUGAUUUAAUUUACACAGUUUGGCCAAGUGGGCAUCAUACAUCACUUUAUGCAGAAUCCAUCUUGAAUAAUAAUAAUAAUAAUAAUAAUUCAUUUUUCUCUAAAAGUGUUGGAAACUACAUAUAUAUUUUAAAAUGUGCUUAUUUAAAAAACAAAUGACUACUUUUCAGGAGUCCUAAAAGCUCUUCGUUCUCUUAAAACUCACUUUUCUUACUUUACAGUGAGCUCCAUCAGUCGCAUCAUGCGGAGUAAAUUUGGAGGCAAGGGCGAUGAAGAGGACGAUGAAGAUGAAAUCGAGAAGAGAGAGCUGGAGGAGAGCGACCGGAGGGCCAAACACAGCAUUGAAGGCAUCUUAGGAGACAGAUGUGAGUACAGUGCUCCUGCAAGACUGUGGCUGAGGUGUGGAAAAGGGUCAAUGGCACUGAAAGAUUAGUUAGAGUUGCAUCUGCGCACACAUGAGGAUUUUAGUGGACUCCUGUUGCUUUACUGUGAAGAAUACAAGUGUGGUUUGAUAAAAACUUAUAUGAGGCUGUUUUCUACGGAUGGCUGAUACCGAUAAAAAAAUAAUAAUAAUAACUUAUCAAGAUAUACCACCCCAGAAAAAGUUUAAGAACUGCAUUCAGCUUUCAUAUAUUCAACCUGUUGAUUGCAUGGAUCAGAGUGUUAAAGGUAUUGUGCUGCAGAGGUUGAGCAUGCUGUAAAGUUGUUGGCUGGGGGUGGAGAGUGUGUGUGCUCCUUUGUUAGAAUUCUUUAUCGACCAUAACUCUCUGGCUAAUGUUUUUCCCAUGAGGCCAUACCGUAAAUCAAACAGCAGGUGAUGGUUCUGUGCGGGAAAGGAGAGAGAGAGAGAGUGUGUGUGUGUGUGUGUGUGUGUGUGUGUGUGUGUGUGUGUGUGUGUGUGUGUGUGUGUGAGUUCAGCCUUGGUUUAAAAGCAUUGUGAAUGAACAGUGGUGUAACAGCGAGUCUUGGAUGCUGCACAGUUUUAUCAAUUAAACCUGCGGAGUCCAGCAGCAUUGGGACAUAACAUCCUCCCAUCACUUUAGAGUAAUUUAGCCACCUGAUAAAUUAUGGAGGCAUUUCUCUUGGCCAGCUACUCGUGGGGCUGUUUGUUAUUUAGGAUAUUAGAUGCAACAUUUUUUUUCCUUAGUGUAUUAAAUGGCGUAAUGGGUGACCUGCACACUCCAUUCCAUGGAAACACUCUUUUCAAAAUCAGAGAAGUAAAAUGAACAUCCAGAAUUCUCCCUUUUUCUAACUUAUUUGUGAUAUAGAUUGGGUAAGUUUUCUGCGAAUAGGUGAUUAAUGUAUAAAACAGGUUUGUUGUUCAUUUACAGAGCAAGAAAAUAACCACUUUUACCCUGAAAAUGACAUAUGACGCUUAAGAUUGGAUGUUCCUUCCAUCACUCUUAGAUUAAUUUCUGUUGUUUAUUAGACAGGCAGUAGCUUUAUUGGAUCUUGAAGUGCUGUUUGGGCUUGAUUGCUUUGUACUUAUGGCUUUAACAGCCUAUUUUACGGUCGUUUGUUAUUUUUACCAUUGUGUUUACAGUGGAAAUUCCUCGUCCGCCCAUAUCAUUUACACCCUCUUAAUCACCAGACUACAUAAAGGUGACAUCUUGUUUUAAACUUUUAGCUGAGCCAAACUGUGGAGAAAAUGUAUUUGUAAUCCCUAACCUAAUUUAAGCGAUGUAUUUUUACAGUUUCUCAUCCGUAAAAGUUGAUUUUACUUCGCAGUUUAUCUCAUGGGCUCAGUGUGUGACAGUUUCAGUGAAAGCGGGGAAGGCUAAUUCCUGGGAAAACACGGGAGGUGAAGUAUUUGUAAACUCUCACACUUGUUUUAACUUUUCAGGUGGUGACUUAAAUCAUUAAAAAGUGUCUCUGUUCAACAUUAAACCAACACGAGACUUUUAAAUCUUUAUCAGUACAUAUCCAGUUCCAGGGACUAAACGCCCCCUUAUUAGGAGUUGUUCAAAUAAUUUCCAUCUUUUUUAUCUAGAUUUUUAAAAACAAAUAAAGCGGGAAAAUAUCAUCAUUACAUCCCCAAUCUUCCUCUUUUUCUUGAUUUUAAUAGAAAACUGUAAAAGCAGAGUUAAAGGACUUUGCUUUGAAGAGACAAAAUGUCCUCCGGAUGAGUUGAUCAAACAUUUGUUCAACGGUUUCCAACUCCUCACAAAGACGAGCCUCGCGCGCACAACAGGACGCUCGCGGAUGAACUUGAUAGACAAAGGCGCGAGAGUCUAUUUGGGGCUCACGCUUGGGCUGCGCGCGGACAAAAGGCCAGCUUGGAAACAGCUUUGGGCCAAGGCGACCUGUUUAUAAUUCAGUCAGAGGAGAAAAAAGAAAGAAAGGGGAAAGGAGAGGAGAGCUCCUCCUCAGAAAAGCCCCGACUAAACACACUAUGAGGCCGCAAUGAAGGAUGAAUUAUUCAGGGAGAGCUCCAGCACGGUUUAGAGGAAGAAAAUGGCCGUUUUCACCUACAAAAUGUUUCCUUUUGGAGUUGGCUAAAGACGCUCACAGCCAUUCAGAGGGACAAUCGAGGCCUCUGAAAUCCACUCACGUAUGGCCUGAGGAUGCGUGCUCGCUCCCUAAACCAGAGCAGCACGGGCACACCUACAUACACGUACAAAUUAACAAUAUUUAAAAUAUUACUUAAGUGUCAGUAAGGCAUGUUUUUUUUUAAAAAAGUAAACUGAUAAAUUUAUACAAAAUAUAUAUAGCUACACAACACUUAAAUAUACAAACUAUUUUAGUAUAGCCUACAUGUUUAAUGUUUUUAUUUUGAUUUCAACUCGAUAUUACACUUUAUAUUAGCACUAGAGGCUACAGUACCUUACACAGAUUAUUUUACACCUCAUAUCACAGUUUAUAAUACCUUUGUGUAAAUCCUGCUAUUUAUACCACAUCAUUUUAUAACUGUGUAGCUCCUUUUUCUCUUUAUAUAGACUAUUAGCUGUAUAAGAUAAGACGAGUCAUACUUAUUGAUCUCGAAUUAGGAGAAAUUCUCUCGUUGCAUGGCUAUGACUCUAUACUUACAAAAUAAGAACAGAAUUUUGUAUUUAGAAUUUAGAUAUAAAAUAAAAAAUACUCUCUGGACACUUAAUACACAUCAAUACAUCGGUUGCAAGUGGUUGUUAAAAUCGUUCACAGUAGGCUAUAUUUUCUGCACAGCUGCAUAUAAACAUUAAAAAUACGAGCUAAGAUCGUGAUUUAAAUAUCCUCAUUUUAUAAAAACCUGUUAAACUACUUUUAUUAUUCUGUCUUUACUUCUGUUACUGCAAAACAGAUCUCUUUUUGAGGUCCAGUAAAGUUUAAUCCUCCAAUAAAAAGUUGACUGUGCAUCUAUGAACAGAUUUUUAGAGUGGCGCACAUAUUAUCGACGACGGCACAGUCAGCUUUUUUUUUAGUGAUGGGCUAAGAAAAACUUCGACCCAGGAUCAGCACUCACUCUUGGGUCUCCGAGUUAAAACUUUACAUAAAGUUUGCUCCUUUAUUUUUUUAUUUAAUUAUUAUUAUUUUUUUGUAUGUCAGUAAACUUUGAAAAACUCAUCUGCUGUCCAUCUCUAAAUCACUGUCUGAUCCAGUGUCUUAUAGUGAAUUUGAAUUGCCGUCUGUCAUCACAGUCAGUCACUAAAUUGCCCACUAUACACAGAGUAUCUCUCUGCCCUGGCACACUGACCGUCUAUAAGUCUCGAUCUAUCAUUGAUUCUUUGAUGAGCGGCGCUUUGCCCCCUCCAACAUUAAUAACGGCCUCUAAAUGAUGUCGAUAUUGUGCUAUGUCACAUUUAAUGAUGGGAGGGAGUGUAUUAAAGGGUGUUUUCAGUGAAUGGGGACCAAUGUUCUCCCCGGAGAGCCCCGCUCUGGCCCGGAGCGCAGCCUCUCAAUUGGGGCCCCGGCCACCCGUCCAGCGUUGCGCACAACUUCGAAAACUCAGCCCACCCCCCUUCACCUCCUCCCUCCUUCUCUUCUUCUUCUUCGCCACUUGCUCCCCAAAUCUCUUCAAGCAGAUUAAAUCGACUCUUUUAUUUCAUCUCACUUUCAUCUCGAGAGCAACACCGCCCCUCUCCCUCUGUUUCCUCCUCUGUGUGUCUCUCAGCCUGCGGCGCACAGCGCGCCGCGUAUCUGCGCUGCAUCCUCCGGAGCGCACAAAGGCGAAUCAGUGCAGAGCCGAAAAGUUUCUCAUCACGUUGCAUAUGAACAUUUUGUAGAUCAACCGUACUCACAUUAUUUACAGUUUCUGAAACUUUCAGAGACAUAUUCCAAAACAGAGAAAUAGCAGAAAAGUGUGAAUAGAAAAAGAAAAGAAAAACAGUUAAGGUCCACCUUUAUUUUUACGAAGCCUGAUCUUUUUCAUUUGUUGUUUAUUGUCAAAUUUUAAUAGCUACAUAAAGCUUUACUGAAGAGUUCAACUUAUGAAUAAAAUACUGUCAAGUUUAGAGCAUCAUAACUCGGCAGAGUUUUUCACCACCUGUUGGCAGAGGUGAAAGAGGACAAAAUAUGCUGCUCCAGUAAAAGUACAUUUAAAAAAAUCAAUUCCAUUGAAAAAAGAGUUUGAGUUUGAACAUUAAAUAUCUUGUCUUUGUAGUGUAUUCAAUUGAAAAUAGGUUGAAAAGGAUUUGCAAUCACUGUAUUCUGUUUUUAUUUACUUUUAUCACAAUUUCCCAACUUCAAUGGAAUUGGGCUUUGUAUAUUGAGAAAAACCUCAAGUCUGCUCCUUUCUAGUUCAAGCAAAAAUGACUCAAUUUGGAAUAUAUUUUAAAUACUAAGUGUUUACCUUCAACCCAUGAUGUAGAGCGGAGGAUGUAUUUCCUCUAAAUAAUGGCUUGAAAUACCCUACACAUAAGAUUUACAUUUGGGUUUAAUUUAAAUCCAAACAUUCAAUUUAAGCUACAGCGCAGUUUAAAUGAAAUGUGAUGAGAUAUUUUCACCAAAGAUUUGACAAAUUCACUUGGUGAAAUCUGAGGUUUUUUCAGAGCAGAUAUCAUUGAAUUAGCUAGCUGUCAGGGAUAAUGGAGAGUUUGUCUGUUUGAGGUUCUUUAAUCCAGUAACUGAUGCUUUGCAAAAUGUAAGUGAAGUGAUACUAUCAACAGAAAAUACUGCUGUAAAAGUAGAAUUUACGAUUUCAAAUUAGCACCAAAAAGUACAAAUACACAAAAAGCUUCUCAAAUACAGUUAUGUGAGUAAAUAAGUAACUUUCCACCCCCGCCUGUUGAUCAUUUUUCUGUUUGAUUGGCGCUUCCCAACAUUUAAUGAUGAUCAAAUAUCAUUAUGAAGUUUAAAAAGAAAUUAAAAUACAGUUUCCUCAGAUUCCUCCUGCAGAAGUAAAAGAGUCAACACAGAAAAGAAUUCCUGCACAGGAAUCCCCUCUUCCCUUUUUAAUCAAAUAUUUUCAUAUUUGGCUCCAACGUUUGGCCUGCAGGCCUGUGGCUGUGCUCCACCACACAGCCAGCAUCAGCGUCAUUAACCCUGCAGACAAAGUUAAUGAUUAAAACAGUCACGGUGUCCCACCUCCUCCCUCCUCCUGCUUCACAUUUUCACAGUGUAUCUUUGAGAGCCUCCACUUCGUUAGGUGAAAUUAGCCAGAUAAUACAGAGGAGCCUUGUUGAGGGCCGAUACAUUUCCAUUCGGGCUGGCUGGCAGUGUGUGUGUACGUACACACAUACUAAUACACACAACACACACACACACACAUUCCACUCUGCAAUGCAAACAGUCAAAGGGAUAACUUUAUUUGGUGAAAGGGGAUCCUGGAAAGGGCUAAUUGAAUAAGCCCGGGAUCUUUGAAAAACCCCUACCAUGGUGAGCGCAGUCAUCAUGUCAUAAUUAGGUUUAUUGAGGCGCAUUCCUUCAAUCUGCCUCCAUUCCCCCGGGCUCAUUGUAUCCGAGGCCCAGGCCAAUGGCCGGGGGACAAAGGGGGAGCUGUGAGCGGACAAUACAUGAAAGAGCCAUAAAGAUUUAGCCCUCUUUGUCACAGAAACCCAGGAGGACUUUGUUUGUGUAAAUAAUACAAAUAAAAGAAGAACUGGGGUUUCUCUGCCACUGGAGGUGAAGGACGGCAUGCUGCAAGUGUGAUAUGAGGGCACAGACUGGACCAGGGCCAGAAGAGAGAAGAGGAAAGGAGAAAAGAGGAGAGGAUGGAAGAGGAGAAGUUAGGAGAGGAGAGGUGAGGAGAUGAGAGGAGAGGAGAGGAUGGGAGAGAAGAGGAAAGGAGAGGAGAGACGAGGAGGUGGAGAAUUUCUUGAGUGUAUUAUCUGAUGCUGUUUGCAGGAGUCCAUCCAGAGGGGGCACCAAAUUUGACACAAACUAAAAGUUCUUCAGACGAGCUUUAAAAAAAAAAGUGAAGUUUUCCUAAAAGUGAACAAAUGAGUUCAGCUCCAGUAAGGAGGUGUCUACUGUCAAAGCAAAAGGAAAUACUUGAUCCAAAAGAUACCAAAAACCAGCAUUUAUACCACAAAGUAGACCGGGGGAUGAAUUCGACCAUGUUCUCUGUAGUCUUUGUCCUUAUUAUGCUCCACAGAAUAUUUAUCUUUACUUUUGGAGUCCAGAGUUCAUUGUUUUGUAAACAACAUACUCAGCUGCACGUCUUAUUUUCAGAUGUUGUAUCAUAUGAGGAGCAUUGGGCGCGGCUCUACCUGCCACUCAGCAAUCAUAAUGCAAGUGCCUGUUGGACUUUCCUCACUUUCUACAUAGAAAUAUUUCUCCUCACAGUGGAUGUGUUAGCCACAGGGCUGUGAAUGCUUGGACCUUACUCAGGCACUGGGCUCUGAGAUGUUCAGCUCAAAUUGUUGCCUCCUGAUCAAUUAGAAGAUGUCCAGGCUGGCUCUGAUCCUACAUUUGGUAUCUCAUCGGUCAUCCCCGAACCUCUUGAGACAAAAAGUACUUUGGCAAUAGUAAAAAAAAAAAAAAGGGUUAUUUAUGCAGCAGAAGUACAGCGAGUUCUCUUUAAUGUGUUUAUGACUUUAACGUUUUUAGGCCCAUUUUAAUGAAGUAAGACAGAGGAUGACAGCUACAGAUUAGGAGACAUUUUAUAAUUUACCAAAUUAUCAAAACAACUUGAAGGAAUUUUUCCUUUUGUGGACAUUCCCUCUUGAACAAAUCUGGACAUUGUGUGAUGUUGGUGAUCCUGCCCUUCUCGGUUUCUGCUUCCUUUAAAAAAAAAAAAAAAAGAAAGAAAAAAGAAAAAAUUUCUCCACUCAUCAAACUCUAAAUAUAUCAACUCAGUCUCUUUGGUCUUAAUGCUGCAGGUCCAUAAUUGGAAUACAGUGAUGGGGGGAUUGUAACUCAAUCAAUGCUGAUGGUCAGUUCUGCUGUUUUAGGAGAUACAGGACUAUCUUAUAACCAGUUGAAGCUCCCUGUGAUAUGGUUUAAUGAAAUAUCAAGAAUAUAAUCAGCUGGUAGAUGUGGUUUGUUGUUUCUCCACAAAGCUGUGGUUUUAUCUGAUCAGAUCUGACAGCAGCUGAACCAAUAAGCUCUGGGUGAAUCUCAUAAUAGCUAUUGGCUGUUUCUAGUUCGAGCCAAGUGUCUGCUGAAGAGGGCUCUGUGUGUCCACUCAAAGAAUGAAUGUGUCACUCAGUGAGUCCCUGGGCACGAGGGCAAAGAGGGGCACCGGGGUGCAAGUGGCGAGCUCCAAAUCACUCUCCUCUACCCCGGGGCUCUCUCCUCAUCUCACACUCCUCCCUCUCUCGCGAGUUUUUUCUAAUAAGCCCAUGCAUGAUGACUAUUCAAGCAUGAAAACAUAGUUAUCUGCAAAUGAAUGGCUGCUCUAUGCUUCAUUAAAGCCUCUUUUUCCUUUCACACUCUUAUUGUGACCCUCUGAUAUCAAUUCAAAGGGCAAUUAAUGAAUGCACACCAACUUUGAAGUCAGGGUGAUUUCAGGGAGGGGAGGGGGGCUCCAGCAUGUGUGUGUGUGUGUAGGUUGAGAAGGGGCAGGGGGUAUUUGGGGUAUUCCCCCUUCAAGACCCAGCCUUCACCCGUGAUGGACUAGCCACAUUGAGGCGAGAGCGAGCGAGCCCCAAAAGACGGUUUGAAGGGAGUGAAAGAGUGAAAAGGCCCAGCGAAGGUCAAGUAGAAUGGCUCGCCUUAGAAUAAGGCCCCUCUUUAUCUGCUGCAAGUAUGCACUAUAGGCACAACAGCUGGGGGAGUUAAGGGGGGAGGAAGGGAAAGAGGGAGGGAGGGGUGAGGUUGUUUUUUAAAUGUGCAUGAGUGUGUUUGUGUGUGUGUUUCUGAGAAAGUCAGGAAGAAUGUGACUGCAUGUGUUUUUGCUCUCAUGCAUCUAUCUGUGUUGGUGAGUAGGCUGGUUUCUUGUGUGUAUUUGUGUGUGUGAUUGUGUGCGUGUGUGUGUGUGUGUGUGUGUGUGUGUGUGUGUGUGUGUGUGUGAGUGAUUAUAUAUGUGUGUGUGUGGGUGUGUGCGCGCUGGGGUUAGAGCUGAGUGUCAAAGUUUGCAGAGGCCAGUCAGAGGCCAGUAAAUGCACUGUCUCUGUCACUGAUGGGGGGACAGGCAGCUGUCAAUCACCUGCCUGAUGGAGCCUGACAUUCAUUCACAGCUUUGUUAACUAAUUAGCGCAAUCGCUUUAGUGUGGUGCCGGGAUAAGACGCUUAAACUGUGUGUUUAUGCCAGGAUAUCUUUGCAUCUAGCAGAGGCAGGACUGUGGCUUUGAUAGAUCUGCCUUCGCACUUGAUCACAUUGAUCUUUGAGCUUUACAGCAUGAAGCUAUGAAAGACAGUGAGCGAUAAAAAUAAUCAACUUUCUUCAGGGUCUCUUGAAUGAAUGCACAGCCUUGUUGGACAUGAUCACAGGUGUUUCCUUGUUCAGAUAGGAAUUCUCUGCCAAACCGAGAUUUUCAUGGUAAUAUUUACCAUCUGACUGUUCAGGUAGGAAACUCAGACGAUGAUCCAGCUCACGAAUGCAGCAUUACCAGGGACAUUACAGCAGCUCUGUAAUGUCCCUGGUCUCUGGCUCUGAUUUGAAUGACAAUUGUGCUGAAAGACUUAAGGUUGUUGCAGCGGUUGAAAUGAACUCUUUUACUUGGUGGCACUGCAACCCUCAAUUUCAAAAAGUUAGGAGCUCCAGUUAAAUUUGUGGAGUUACACAACUUCAAUACACUGCAGCCCCCCUGUCUUUAUAGUGAAUGUGCUGCAUUGUGCCAUUUUCAAAACAGAGGCAUACAAAGUCUUCAAGCCACUCUCUCAGAAAACUGUGAGCCCUCUUUGCUGUUGGUGCGUCCACAUUAACCACAGCAAGUGAGUCAGCCUCUUCAGACAACAAACAACAGAACACAGGGCUUGACAGGAUAAAGUGACCAAAGUGCCCAGAGCCAAAAGGAAUAGCCGUCCUUGAAAACGAGGAAAAAUAAGUAAGAUGGAAUAAAAAUCCCUCAGCGUCCUCAUCAUCUUCUCCUCAGCUCAUCUGAUUUUGGGUUAGUUAGUUUGCUCUCUCUCCAGUGACAUUGAAGUGUAAUUAAAGGGAGUGAUUGAGGGUAAUAUAAAGCAAUUAUGGAUGCAUUUGAUUGAACUAAGUGGUGGUUGAUUAUUAAUGCCUGCGUCUUUAUCUUUGGUAGUUUUGCUCUGAUGCCUGAUUGAGAUAGUGGCUGCUGAUAUUUUUUCACUCCUUUUAUAAUAACAUAACAUUCACCACUGUAGCUUUAAUAAACCUUUAAGCUGCCUUUGAGAAAAACAAAACUGUCAAACACGUUUCUUGUCUUGUUAAAAAGAGAAACUGACAGUAAAAAAACCUACCUUGUCAAACUCUAACAAGUCCCCCACUGACUGGAGCUGAGAGUUGAAAGACAGGGAAGGAGUGAAGGGUCACAGAGCUGCAGAGGGUCACUCUCCCCCAGCGCUACACAGGAAACAGGGUUAGAAACACAUUUAGCUACAAAUGACAGGUAACCACUUCUUCAUAGGCCCUUUAAAUCCUCUGCAACCACAUUUCCCUGACAGUCAAGACACUAAGAUGUUUAUUGAACAGAAAUUGAUGGUUUUCAACUCCAUCAUAAAGUUGAAAAUGUAAUGCUAAAAAAGACUAUUGAGGUGAAUUUCCAACAGGUUAGCAAGAUGAGUGAGUAUAAAAAAAAGAGUCUAUCAGAAAGAUGGAAGAGGUUCACCACUCUGUGAGGGACUGAGUUAGCUAAAAGGCUAACAGUUUCAGAAUAAUGUUCCUAAGUGUCAAAUGUAAAAGAAUGAGUUGACAGCGUUCCAGUAAACAAGUCGGAAAACCAAGAUAGAUGCCUACUGUUAGCCGUUGUUAACAUUUGUCAUUAGCCUUGUCAGUUGUUAGCAGUUGUCAGCUGUUGUUAGUUGUUGUUAGCUAUACCAGUUGUAAACAACACAUAACAGUAUUUUACUCUUACAAACACCAUAGCACCGUGUUCACAGUUAGACAUUGGGCAGUACAACAUAUACCACUUAUUUAAUUUCACAAAAACAAAAUAGGAGUGCUAUUAAAUAAAACAUUAUGAGAGCUUUCACUGUUACUCUCUACCAUUGAUGCACUGCGCUGCCAUCUUGGCUUAUGACAUUGUUGUCAAGUAGGAGUUGGUGAGGAUCGCCUGACUUCCAGGUACAACUAGAACGUAUCAUAAAUCAUCGACAGAACAUAACAUCGUUAAAAAAUGUAAAGAAUCUGGAGAAAUGUCUAAAGGGACAAGGACCAAAACCAAGACUGGAUGGUCCUGAUAAGUACUGGAUUAAAAAUAGACAGGACUCUGGAGUGGAAGUAACUGGAUUGGACACAGAAUUACCUCUUUCUCUUUUUUAUUAAACAAAAUAAUUUUUUAGAUUCACUAUUUUCACUUAAAUGUAUCAUUUUAAAAAAGUGUGUGAAACAAUCAAAUGUCUGUUUUUAUCCACACCUCUGUCAAUACUCACGUUAAGCUUUUCUGCACAGUCACAAUCUGACGUUUAGAAACUGGGCGGCACAAACGCGAAGCUCUGCAACAUUUACCCGCAGCUGUGGAGGUUCAUACUCCUCCUUAGCAAGUCAAGUGAGUUCAGGCUUCAAACUCCUCCUCUAACACACACACACACACACACACACACACACACACACACACACACACACACACACACACACACACACACACACACACACACACACACACAUACGUAGAUAACACACCAUCUUUUUCUCUGAACCCAGCAGAAAGAGCCACAGAUGGGUCCAUAAGCUGUCAGUAAAGCCAUUAUCCGGCUCAGCAUCUGCCUGUCUUGACUUCUAUAUACUGUUUAAUGCAGUCGGCCAGUCACUUAGUCCCUCAGCUGCUGAAUGGGAGCAGCACGGUCGGCCCGCCCAAAUAAAUGCUGCGUUUGUCUCCUCUGCCUUUUGUUUUGUUUUUUUUGGAGAGGGGUAGGUGGAGUGAAUGAGGGGGGCUAUGUGUCACAGGCUCAAUUUAACCUUCACUAUUAACUAAAGCCCCCAGAAGAGUUACUGGGAUGUCCAAGGAGGGGUGUAAAUAACGCACAUAUGGUCAGUCAAUUCCCCCAAGUCGGUGAAAUCCAACUUUGACACAUCCCCAUUCACUCCCUCUGUGUCUCCGUCGCACGCACACACAUGUACUGUCUCAUGUCUCUGCGGACAUAUUUAAGCCUUUAUGUCCCCACUCGAACCCCCCUCCCUUUAAAAGAAAUCAGCCGAUCUUUCGAACAGUCUGUUUUGGAGCUAAAUCCUCCAUUCUCCUCCUUCCUUGCCUUGUUUUUCUCUCUUCCCUGGGAUGGCGUUGCACGGCGGGAUCCAUUUUGGGGUUUCUUGGCUCUGGAGACGGUUGUUUUGGCUCAGAGUACCGUGCACUGUGAGCCUCUCAGGGGUUUCAGUUUGGUUAAAUUAAACAGUUUUCUUUUCUCCUUUGACCCCCUUUCCUCCACCCCCUCCAACUGCUCCUCUCUUAUUUUGCGGCUUAAUGCUCCUCGGCUCCCGGGCAAUCUCGCCAUUCCCUCUCCCACUCAGAUAAAUUUACCCUUUCGAGGCUCUUAUUUUCCUCAUAUUUUGAUCGACUGACAAGAGCACCCCCUCGCUCCUCUGGGCUGAGGUGAAGCGAAGUAUCCAGGGAGAAGUGAAGUGUUUACCAGUGCUAUAAAUACAGCAUUUUAAGAUAUAGUAUAAGCAGGGAUAGAUAUGGAGGUUAAAGUGGAUAAUUUGAUUGGCUGAGGCUAUUUGACAGUGCCAAAUCGAUGUGAUCAGAUCUUAAAGAUAGCAAGGCGAUGACUGCAAAGGGGGCACUCUGAAACCACAGGUUUUUACAAGGUUGGAAAGGAUCCGAGGAGCAGGAGGGGGAAAGGUUUCACCCUCUUUUCUCCAUAUCUUCUCUCCGUCUUUCUCUUCAUCUCAGAUGUGCUGAGUUUAGACAACUUUGAAAACUUUUGUGUGUUUAUUCUCAACAACACUCAAAGUCACGUGACACAGGAUAUGGGACAGUUAAUGGGUGCUGACACUGGGACGCCUCAGGGCUGACAAGCUCAAUUAAUGUAGCCUGUAAACGCAUGUAAGUAAGGAUGAGGGGAAACCCGGCGCUGUGUGUUCAAGUCAUGUGCUCCGGGUUCAGCUCUCUUUCUAUUGAUGAGCUCAUGAGACAAACUGUUAAAGAGCUGCAGGGGGACUGGAUGGAUGCACGAGAUUGCAUCAUAAACACUUAUUUUACAGCCCAUGCAUCACCCUGUGAAUCCACAUCACUGACCAUUUCAGUGUGUUUCAUAAUGGCUGUACCCCCCCUCAGACUUCAAGUUUACAGCAAUGACACUAUAAGUCAAUACGAUUUUUAAAAGUACAUUUUUCUCACACUAGGAUCCAAUGUUUUUUUCUGGAUCCCUGAAAAAGAAGUUUACAAAAGGUAACAUGGAUGAUAUACAGAGCAAGAUUAUAAAGAUAAGCGACAAAACGUGAUUCAUGUCAGUAUGAUACAAGACAAUGUAAUACAAUAUCACUGGAUACCAUAUAAUACAAUACAGACUAUACAAAAUGAUAGAUUUAAGGUACAACCUGAUACAAUAUGAUACAAAAAAGUAUGAUUAGAUACAAUCAAUAUGAUGUAAUAUGAUAGGGUGAAGAUUGGAAACAGUAGAUUCUAUACGAUAACAGGAGGGGUUAGCAUUUCAGUCUAGGAAAAAACAGCUUUGUGUAAAUAUUCCCAUUUCUACUCACUGUACCUUGAACACAUGCACACAAAACCCUGGUUUAUAAGCAGUUUUAAUCACAGCCUGAAAGCAUUUAUGAUAGUCGCCUUAGUCGAAUAGGGUCACCUGAUGUUUGAUUGGCUGCCUUCUCCACAUGCAUGCACAUAAGCAGCCCUCUGUUCUUUUUGUUGGCGGUAACAUUAUUUUAAAAUGUGUGUUAAGUGUUUAGAUUGUCUCAAACUGCUGCAGAGAAACUUGCACUCGGAUCUGAAGUGUGAUUUGUUUUCUUGAAUAUUUUGCGCAGCUUCGUUGGUGUUAAAAAACCUGAUGAAAGAAAAACACGUUUUUGCGAUUGAGUAAAAAACGGGGAUGGGGAAAUGAUGAGGAGGGGCAUCUUUUGACCCCGACAAGUGUUCAUGCCUUGUAAAGGGUCUACAAAUGGUGCAUGUACUCCUGUUUCUACCAACAAAACAACAACGACAACAGGAUUUCAGACAGAGUAUCCCCAUGGGCACAUUUACAUCGCUUACUACAGACCGUUACGCUCGCUCUCUGCUGCCCCUCUCACCCCCUCAGGUGCUCUUACAGUUCCCUCUGGAGGAUGAGGGUGUAUUUUUUCAGGGGGGGAAGGGCUCCAACGCCCCCGGCUGUGCCCCCAUAUACCCUAACCCCCCCUAUCACCCAAAGCCCUCUGCGGAGCCUCUUUAUGUCCCCCCUCCAGCUCCCCUGUGGGGCAGGUGACAGCCCUCUGCUGUGAAGGGCCGAGGGAGCCAUGACGGAUUCCACAGAUGGAGCGUGGAAAUCGGCGGCAAAGACCUUCAGCUCUGUGGAGCAACAAAGAGCCUGAGAGUCACAGAGAGAAAUAUGGCUGAAAAAAGAGAGAGAGAGAGAGAGAGAGAGUGAUGGGAGACAAAGAGAGGGUGAGAACGAAGAGGGAGGAGAAGGUAGUGCUUGUUUAAGGAGGGUGGAGAAAGUGCAGAAAGUGUAAUUGUUCACUUUUCUGCACUUUUUAAAAACUAUUAGCAUCCGUUUUUGUCACCUGUAAGUCUGAUCUAUAUCAUGAGUAACUAACCAAACUAAUAACCCAGACUUGAUCAGAUUGCAGUGACCAGACCCCGGAUACUCCAGAGGUGCCACUCUGUCGCUUCUUUUGAAAAGUUCUCCAGACCCUGGUAGCGCUCAUAACCAAUAGGUAAUUCCAAAGUGAUUAAGGAUUUUCCCGUCCUCCUCGGCUUUCCCAGGGCCCAAAUCCCUGUGAAAUGCUGAGGAACGUGCAUGCUGCUAAAGUCUAAGAUGGGGGGAAGAGAAAAAGCAUUCCUAGCAGCCCUCCUCCAUGCAGGAACUGGAGGGGGAGGCUACAAAAGGCCUCAUCUCUUGUUUUCCAGCCAUCCUGUCCAAAACUCCAAAGCCGCCACAACUCCACACCCCGAAUUCCUCCUUCUCCAAGCCAAUCCUGCAACCCUUCCAUGUUUGUUGUUUGGACAAGAGUGGACCUCAGAUUUUAAGGUUGAUAAAGGCAGUAUUUGUCUGCUUCCGUUUAAGACCACGGCCGCAUUUUUUUUUUGCUUUAGUUCCCUAAAAAAUGCUGAACACACAGGCUGUUCUCGAGAACGACAUAUUCAGCAGAAGCUCAAGGCAAUGACUCCAUUUCUCUCUCUCUCCCCCUUUGAAAAUAUUUUACUUAUUGCCUCCCUCAUGCUUGAAUGUUUCUUUACCAAUUUGCAGCUAAUGCAUGUUAAGUUGACUCCCACUGCUAUUGGUGUUGCAAGGAGAAAAUCGCCGAAGGGGCAGAGAGGAUCAGUUUCACAUGAGGGGCCCUGAGCUAUUUGGAUUCUCUUGUAUUUUAUUGUUGCUUCUGAGGGGGAACUAAUACAGUGCUGCACACAAAACUUCCCCUGUGCUGAGGGGGAAUUAAUUAAGUGUAACACAAAAAGUGGGCGCCUUGACCGAGGUGAACCUCAGAAGGGAGCCUGCCGAGUGUUUGAAUCAGCGAGUUAAAAACCAAGCUGCUGGUUUAUUGACGGUGGUCACAAUCGUGUUAAUGCUGGUCUGAGACGCAGAUGAAGAGACUCAACAUGUGUCAGGACUCAUAUCAGUCUCUGCAGCUCAGCCAGGCUGAACAUCACGCCUCAUGAUCAGUCCAAUAUCAAAAGACAGAACUUGUGUGUUGGGGUUGUUUAAAGACCAACCAGAUAGAUGAACAAAUAGGAAACUAAACAUUAUUUACCAGGCUGAGGGGCAGGAAAUGCUUCUGCAGCUUUUCUCUGUGUAAUACUGUCAGACAGUAGAAAAGUUGUAGUUUUGGACUGUUGGUCUGGCAAACUCCUUCUCAAAAUUAGAGAAUGUGUGAGACAUUUUUUAAAAUUUCUGAAGCAUUUAACACUUUUUUUACAAUUAGAUAAUGAAAGUAUAGGCAUGCAUGAGAUGGACCUUUUGUUACCAUCUGAUAUUUUCAAUGUCAUUUUGGCCAAAAAUGACAUUAAAACGGAUAAAUGCACAAGCCUCCGCCUCGGUCUUUCUUUGCAUUUAUCCGUUUUAAUUUUAUCUGUAACCCUCUUUUUUUAAAGUUUAAUGUAUUUUAUCUUUCCUUCUCUCCUCUUUUUUCUCUAACUCUUGAUUUUGAUUGUUGUACUUUUCUUCUGUUUUUCAUCCCAAAGUCUUUUCUGAUAGUUUUUUUAACUCUUUCAUUCUUUUUCCCUCUCACUCUUUCACACACUUAUAAUCAGACCACGUUUUGACAUUUUCUUGAAUGUUGAUACUGCAAAUAUGAAUAUUUUAUCUUUGUAAAAUACUGUUAUGCAGUGAUUGAAGUUUUCUGCACUGCAACAGGUUCAUGUAUCUUUAUGGCUGCUGUGAUAAUAGUGAGUGGUGUAAAUUAGACAUAAAAAAACUGAGGAGAAAGAGAGUUUGUGACAAAGAUAAACAGAUUUGACUUUCAGCAGAACAUUUCAGCUUUUAUUCUGGUAGCAAACAUUAACAUACAUUACGUACAUUACCUGCCAUAUAGUUGACAUUAUAGAGUAAAGCACUCACAAAGGCUAACGUACACAUCUAGCUGCAAAGGGUUUGAAGAACAUCCUAUUUUUUACACUCAUUUGAAUAAUGCAAAUAAUAAAAAAAAGAAAUUAUAAAUAAAUUAUGAUGGUUUAUAUUUUCAUUACUUUGCAUUAGGAGAAUCUACCAGCUAUACAUUCACAUAUAUUAAAUCCGUAUAAAUCAUUUAAAAGGAGCUCAGGUUUUUUUCAACUACAACAAAAAAGUGAUUGUUAGAGUUAUAUUAUAUAACGUGAUAAUGUAGUUAAUAUCUCUGAAGUGACCUUUAACUUGAUUUAAAAAAUACAAUUUGAUGCCUUUGUACUUCGUCUUCAUUUUUAAUGUGAUGUAAAACUUUUUAGGUGUCCUUACUUUUAAAAUCGUAGUAAUUAUUCUGUUGUCCUUUUCACUGUAAAGCCAAAGUUUCUUUUCUCAUAAUCUUCUCAGACGCUUCAUUUACACACUGCAGUAAUACGUUUUUUCUCUUUAUAAAGAGUUGCCUCUGCCCAAGUCUUCAACAGAUCUUCUACAUGCAUUUCUUUUAGUAUAUUGACACAGUUUUUUUAUGCUCUUUUAUAGUUUGGAUAGAAAAUAUCAUUUGAAACCACAGGGGGUCAUACAGGAAGCUCCUCUGUAACUUAUCUUAUAUGUUAGACAUUCUCAGCCAAUAGAUUUGAUGGCUUUAAUCCAUGUUUCACGCUUCCUUGUACUAACAUUUAACCACAUCUAACACUGCUGCUUCUUCUGCUUUGACUGCGCUGUUUUAGCUGAUACUUCUGAUACCACUGCAGCUAUUCUCUGAAAACUUUCAGCAUGGACAAACAGGCCUUUCAAUGCAGUUUCUAUAAAAGCAAUGCACCUUUUUUUAGUACGUACUGCUUCUGUCCUGAAACCUGUUAUGCUCCGUAAAGACUUUGGACUUUGUUAUUUCUUGUUACUGGAAAUUCAACUUGAUUUUAGAUGACUGACCUGCAGCCACAGGGCUGAACAUUUUGUCUUUUACUCAAGUGACAGCUCACAGCUACCGUCUCCUCACACACGCCAUCGUGCCCUCAGAGAAUGGCCCCUGGACCAAAAUUAGCCUUUUGUGUGGCUUUUAGUCCACCAGUCCCCCUGUGGUGCAGUGGCAAUCCAGUCCAGUGGGAUUAUUCCUCUGGCUCAGGAUACUUUUUCUGAAUGGAGGUCUGUUGUCCAGAUAAUCAUGAGGAAGGGCGAUGCCUGCUGGUGUUUAAGUGUGUGUGGGUGUGUGUAAAGGAGAGAAAAAGACACUUUGUUAAGAUGUUGCACAGUAAAAGUUUUAUUUUUAUCUUAUUUUCAUCAAAGGUUACUUUGGUGUGUGUUUAUGUGAGUUGAGGAAAUAAAGAUCAAUCAUAUUAGAUGCUGACAUCAACUUCUGCUUAGUUUAACUUGUAAUAUUUGGUGGAAAUCUCAUCCUAAUUAUUUCCGUAUUUUCUCCCCUCUGUGUCAAAACAGCAAGUCACUCUGAUGAGGGCUCAGACGUCGAGUCAGAACCUGAUCUGCCUCUCAAAAGGAAGCAGCGUCGCAGUCGGACCACCUUCACCGCGGAGCAGCUGGAGGAGCUGGAGCGGGCCUUCGAGAGGACCCACUACCCCGACAUCUACACCCGGGAGGAGCUCGCACAGAGGGCCAAACUCACUGAGGCUAGAGUCCAGGUACAGGAGAGCAGAUGUGAAUAGUGCAUCCAUCAAAGAUAUCAAGAAUUUCAGGAUUUCAGGAACUGUAGAGAGAUGGGAACAGAUUUGAGCUUGUUAAAACACUGGAAUUCAUCAGAAGGACUUCUCAAAGGGUUUUACGAGAUCAAGAGUUGUAAAUUUGAUCUUGGCAUUAAAGGGAAGUGUGAAAUCCUCCAACAGAAGUACAAAAUGGAAAAUAUUUAACACUCUGCUCUCACUUUCACCUCUGCCUGAUUUAACACACCUAUAAGUACAAUAUGAACUGUCUUACACUAUGGCCAUAGACACACAACCUGUAGAUCUCUGCCCGCUCCACACGAACACAAUCACACCUCUCAUCCUCACUCCCAGGGGCACAAUCUGGACUUCCCCUGUUUCUGAUCCACGGCCCAGUAAAUUCUCCUCCACAGGCUCCAUAUGGGAAGUGUAAGCAGGCCCAGCAUGAGCCCCGUCCAUAUGGACACGGCACGUUACUCACACACUCAGUGCAACCAGCAACAAUACACAUCACACACAUAAUUUUUCUAACAAUGUCCCCCGCCUUCUUCUUUAGCUCCACACUCUGACAGAGCGCUGUGAGCAGAACUUAUUCAAUAGGUUGAAAAGCCUUUGUGUUAAACAUUCAAACAAAAUCUAUGUCUUACAGUUACUCUCAGCUUAUGUACAACCCUCAUUUCAAAAUAGCUGUGAGGCUAUAUAAACAAGAGGAAACCAUUGUUAAACACCAUCCAGAUACACUGGCUACUGUGGUCUGAUGAAUCAACAUUUGACACUCUUUUUGAAAAUCAUGGACGCUGCAGAGGGACGGCCCUGCCUGUUCUCAGCUCACAGUCUAAAGCCAGGAUCAUCAAAGUCCAUCCAGACAAUGACGUUUUCAGAAAUGACCUUCAUAUUUUCAGCAAAACCACAUUCUGCAGGGAUUACAAUAGAAUAGCUCUUUUGUAGAAAAGUCCUAACCUGCCUGCAAAUGAGAUUUUCAAGUGUAACAGUCAUCAUCAAACAUUGUCAUUGUUAUUCUUACAGGUUUGGUUCAGCAACAGGCGAGCGAGGUGGAGGAAGCAAGCAGGAGCCAAUCAGCUGAUGGCAUUUAAUCACCUGAUCCCAGGUGGUUUCCCACCUUCAGCAAUGUCCAGCAUUCCUCCAUACCAGCUCUCUGACAGCACCUACCCCCCCUCAUCUAUAGCACAAGGUAACAGAAAUGCAGACUGUGGGGAUUUCUGCUUCAGCUCAGGAUUGUUUAUUUGAUGAAACUAGAAAAACAAAAUAAAAGUCAGAUUCUUUUUAAUGUGAUUUGAUUACAAAACUCAUUUGUGGUAAUUCAGUAAUGACAGACUGAAAUGUUAUGAUCAGCUAAUUUUAUUAAUCAGAUUUUGCAAAUGCAGUCACUCCAGGUCAUUAUGUACAAUGAACAAAUAGGCAAUAAAUAGUUAGAAAUGUGAUGUGAGCAAUUUGCAUGUUUAGAAAAGGGAACAGAUAAAGGCCAGGGUCUCCAAUCUCUUGCUCCUUAAAUGCCAAAAUUUUGUCACACAAGCAGAGUGCUUUUUUCAUGGAGUGUGUGAGAAUGUGGGCCAGAUAAAAAUUUUGACCAUCCAAAAGAAAGACAUGGAGGUACAACUGUGCUCAGAGCUGACUCAACCAACUAAACAACCUUCUGCCUGAUACAUGCGCCAAACCACUGCCCAUCCACUGCCCAUCCACCACUCAUUUAUUUGAAAAGGAAAUAUGCUUUCAUCACACACAGCAUCAAAAACACCCAAAUAUUAAACCAGUCUGAGCCUGACUGAAUGCUGCUGUUGUUUAGUUUGUGUUUGGAGCUGUUUCCAUGGAAACGGUGACCAAACCGAGAACCAGGGCUCUCACUAAUCUUUGAAAAGCCUUCAGAAGUCUUUGAAUGAAUUUGUGAUAUUUGAGGUCAUAACUUUAUUGAAAUUUCCUUCUUAAUUCUUUUUUUAAAUGUUUGAUAAAAUUACUGUUUAUCGUGUUACAUAAAUAUAAUCCUUUGGUUCACAUGAGAAAUAUGGCUGCAGUUAAAAUGUGCUUAUUCACAAAGAAAUUUGGUGAAAUUUGGGAAAUGAUUGUAAAUCAUGCUAAAAAACUUAAAUAUUAAAAUCAGAUUUGCCACAAAAAAGCAAAACAUGUUUAAGCUGUUUAAUCUUUCAGUCCAAAACAUGGUCAGAGGUCUUAGGGGAAGUUUUCCACAGUUUCACAAGGUGAAAUACAGGACAUUUUUCACAACUUUGUUUUGCUAUUUCAAAAAAAUAAGAAGACAAUAUAAAAUUAGGUUACACUUCAGUCAAUGUAGUUUGGAAUAAAAUUUUAGUUUUGCAGCACAAACAAAAAACUGAUUUUUUUCAUAGCUUAAAUACAAACCCAACCAGAGUGUAACUUUUUACUCAGUUUGACCACACAGUUCCGCUUUGUACUGAUUAAUCCAAUUCAUCUUUACAUUUUAGGAUGACAUUGCUGUUCAUUUUUCAACUUUGACUGUUUUGAAAAGCACCUGUAAACUAUAUAUGGAUAAUAUCAUUAACAUUAUUAUUCUUGUAAUUUUGGACUUUUUAAAAAAAAAAGCAGACAGUAACAAACCAGCAGCCUUGUCUCAUCUUUGUACUUCUAUUUACUACAGUUCUGCUUCUUCUCAGUAACAUUUCUCACACUCACCUGACUUUAUCCCUCUGUGUGUUUUGGCAGUGUCCGAGCCCCCCAGCACGGUGCACCGGCCACAGCCUCUCCCUCCAUCCUCUGGCCACCAAGCCUCAGGUGGAGGCGGGCAGGGGGAAGCGGGCUCUGCCUACUGCCUCGCCUCCGGACGCCACUCCUUCUCAGGCUACUCAGACAGCUUUGUGGGCCCCGGAGGACCCGCCAAUCCUAUGAACCCAGCCAUUGGAAACGGGCUCUCCCCACAGGUGUGACUACUGAAGAAAAUAUGUGUGUUUGAGAUGGUUGAAGACAGAUGUUACAGAGUCAGGGAAGAACACAGAACAGUCAGAAAAACAGCAAAAACAAAUGAAUCAGUCCGAAAAAGUCUUCAAAAUCCUGAAAUGUCUUCAUAAUGGAACUGGUUUAUUUUAAUCUGAAGGAAUACUCCUUUGCACCAGGAUAGAGAUGGUCAAAUUUAGAUCUUUUUUUUUUAACUGUGUAUUAUUUUUAUGGCUAUGACGCUUUAAUGUUUGACAGCACACGCCUCCAGAGACCAAGAACAUUUGACUAAGAUAAUACUUACACCGAAGUCAGGGUUGAUUUAGAUUUUAACUAGAUUUUAUGGAUCUUAGAUACACAUGAUUUACCCAGUCAGACACACACGAAUGCAUCAGGAGAUUUGCAAAGUCAAACACACUUCUCAAAUAAUCUUUCAUGCAGGUGUGAAGCGUAAGAACAUGACACUUACAAGAAAUAAUUCAUAAUCUCUACGUACUGCAAUCACACACUCCUCUGCACUGCUGGAGGAGAAAAGUAAGACAACUCCACAAGGACGGAGGACAAUUGAGUGUGCGGCAAAUGAGAAGUGAAAAGACAAUUACAGCCAAUUAUCCAGGCAUGAAGUCCCAAGGUCUCUGCACCUACAUGGAGGGUACAACAGAGGAGACAGACCAGAGAGAGAGAGAGAGACCAUAACAGGCAGAAAAUGAGAUUUCAGCCUGGCGCAGACGGUCUCCUCAGAGAGUGCGCUGCAGCAGUGUGAAGACAGAAACACAUUCACAGGAAUUCUCGUAGCUCAGCAUAAUUACAGAGACACGCACAUCUAUAGAAGUGUAGAUAAUUGAUCAACUGCAUGACGUUUGGAGGAUCAGUUAAGGAUUUUGCAACAACCUUUCCACAAAUAUUACACGACAUGGUUGAGCAGCAUGGCUGAGUCAACUUUCCAACCUUCUGUUUAGAUUACAAGAUUGAAUACUGCAUUUUUAUGUUACUGCAUCAUAAGAGGGCAGACAAGCUGUUUUAUCUGAACAUGAGUAAAUGUUGAGAAAAACUGACUGUAAUCAUUUAAAACCUGUAUUUAAGUGAAAAUGGUGCAGACAUCUUAUUAAAUGUUGAAACUGAGAACAUCUUUGCUAAAAAAACACACGCUCAUUUCAAAUUUGAUGCAUGUGUUCAAAACAGCUGGUGCAGCUUCAUGUGUGUCCUCAGCUCUUUAUUUACCAACACCCUGUAAAUGUUAGUGAACCCUGGAGACCAGUUUCUGGAAUGUGGAGAGUGAAAUUUUGUCAUUCUUGCCUGAUAGAGGAUUUCAGCUGCUCAACAGUUCAGGGUCUCCUUUGUUUUCAAUGGAUGACAAAUAAGGACUUCAGUCAGACCAGUUUAUCAGCAGGACUCUUCUACUACAGAGCCAUGCUGUUGUAAUCCCUGUUGUCAGAAUGUGGUUUGUCAUUGUUUUACUGAAAUAUAAGUCAAGGUAAGAUGAUACUUUAACAAUUCCCACAACACAGGCAAAGUCAGCAAGUAAGUCUGAAAUAAACUUUCACAACUUUUUACCUAAAGUUUUGUUGUUCCUGUAACAACUUUUUAGGAACAUGUUGCUGCCAUCAGAUUUAAAAUGAUAGGCUUUAUGAUAUUUUUACAAACUUGUUGUUUUUUACUUUUUACUUGUUGUUACUAAUCUCUUACACAGUCUCUCAGAAAACAAGUUUGCCUUUCCUUUCUGAUACACACUUCCUAUAAGCUAUUAAACAUGCAGAUACAUGCAUAAACAUGAGCUCAGUAAAUAUGAUAGACUUGUGGUAAGUGCACGCGUACGCACGCACGCACGCACACACAGCAACAAUAUCCAGCGAUUUUCGAGGCCUAAGGGGAGUUUCCUCAUGAUUGCAUUCCUCAGAUGUUUGCCUCAACAGUUCUUUAUUUGAAAGAAAACUUUUCAGAUUUAUUUGUAUAUAUUUCAUAGAGCAGGAGAGGAAUGUCCUGUCUCAUAUGUUUCCCUGAAAUCCCGACAUUCUUCCCCGCUAACUCCUCAUCACUCCGAUUUGGGCCUCUGGCGACGGCGGCGCUCCGAUAUGAAACACUCUGGAUGCUCAAGCUAGCAGGCAUUUCAUGAAUCUCGGGGCAGAGAGGCACGAUGAGUGGAGGUUUGGUUUAAAGGAUAAAGAGUUAAAGAAGAGGUCGUUUCAUGAGUGCCUAUCUGUGGUUUGUGCGAGCGUAUCCUCGCUCACUUUCUGCUCAAACGCAGGUUAAUUUUUUAGGAAAAUGUUACUGAGCACAAGAGGAAACACAACUCCCCUCUCCGAAUCAACAUGGACUCCUCUAUCCACCUCCCCAGCUUGGGAAAUGAUUUAAGCAGGACCAUGUGUGUGUGUGGAUGUAGAAUAAUAUGUCACUUAGAGGCCGAGAGGACCCAAAGAGCAGAGUACCUGCUUCUUAUUAGGACAACUGGAGGAGCCUAGAGGCCUGGGCUCAGUGGAGGGAGGCGGGAUGUGAUGCAUUUAAGAGGUAGCAGGUUCAGUUGGAGUUAGUUUUUAUGUGAUAAGGCCAGCCUCGAUUUCUUAUUAACGGUUAACAGAGGACUUUGAUGAUGGACAGGUAGAUCCAGGCGGCGUUGAAGGAGGGGGGUCGAUGGUAUCGGGUCUGUUUUGAAACCAGUUGAAACGCUUCGCCCCGCAGCUCUUUUCCAUCCUUUAGCCGGCCAAGGAAUAUUCCCCCCCCAAAUCUGAUUAUCUGGUCGCUAAUAAAGACCAGGUCAAGAGCUAACGGCUUUCUCAAACUGCAAAUCUAUCCUGUAGUCGAACAGAGCCCAGCUCACACAGACCUUCCUCUUCGUGUUAUCUUUGUCGGCAUAUCAUUCUCGGAGAUAACUUAUCAUGUGCCGUGGGUUUUUGGAGCAGCGUCAAAAAGGAAUUGAAGAAUAAGUGGCGCCGUGGAUCUGAGACAAAUUGCUUAAUUCUUCCUCUCUGGUGCUAUCUCUGCCUGGAACCGGCUUGCUGAGAGCCUUUUGAUGUUUGCGACGGGGGGAUUUCCUUUGUGUGUCUGAGAGUGUGUCUUUGUCUGCGUGUUAAACACUACCCUGUGCCUGCACACUUAAAUUAAGUGAUUUUAAAUUUGUUAUAAAACCCUGUUAGAAACCAGAAACACGAUUGAGAGUGUGUCCUUCCCAUCUGAACGUUGAGAAGACACACAGAUGUAUAAGUUUACACUAAUUAUAGAGACAAUCUUGUCUUCUUUAGCGAGCUGUGAUGCUUCAAAUGUAAACCAGUUUAUGUGUUCUGUAUCUGAGUGGGAAGAUGCGUGACUUUAGCCGUAGCUGGGGUUUUUGCGAACAGGAGAUCACUGCGUAUUAAAGUGCAUUUCCUCGAAUCCUGGACAUCCUGUCUCAGGUGGCAAGAAUCCUGAAAGAUUCCUGUCACUGUCAGGUAAAUGAAAACAAACUUUGUCGAAUCAGGUUGGAACCUCCCCAACUUUACCCUGAAAUCGCCUCCAUGUUUAUCCAUCAGCCGCAUCUUGUUUGGCACUGAGGAGACAUCAUCUUUUGGUGGUCAGACGUUCAUUAAUUUAAUAGAAAUGUCCUUAUUUACAUGAGCAAAAGCAAAAAAUUAGAACAACAUUUGACGGCUUGUGUUUUAUUGCUACUAAGCUCUGAUAAAAUCGGACUAAAGACAGACUUUAUUAAGUUUUAAACCCCCUUAAAAUCAGACUUUAGCGAUAAAUCUUCCAGCCAUCCCCUUAGUUUGAUCAUGAGUAUUAUUUGUGACAGUGGAAUUACUUAAAAAGUAUUAGACAUUUAGAAUAAUCUUAUACAAUCUUGAAGUUCUAAACUAUAUAAUCAAAAUUUAAGAUCAUAACAUGUCCAAAAGUCUUUUUUUUUUCUGUGAGAGGUUUUAAAUUUUAGGAUGCACUUUGAAACCUGUCUUAAUUUUUCACAUGAUCUACACUCUCUAACUUGGGUCACAUGCUUGUUCUUGGUUAGUUUUUUGUGGAUUUUGCUUGUUUAUGGCCUUUAGAGCAUCAUUUAUGGACACCUUCACAUAGAUUUUCACAAACCAGGAACAGACGUGAGAGGGAGUAAAAGUUGGCGAAAUGGAAGUUCAAGGAAAUGUGGCUUCAAAAUAAAAGUUACAGCUUGAAUAAUGUCUAUGAGGCAGCUCACAAAAACAUGUAAACACUUUUGUAGUUAAAUAGAUCACACCUGUGUUAGUAAGCAUCAAAAUAAAGUUUGUUUUUCUUUGUUUGGUCUUUGAAAGUUUCAGAUCUAGUUUUAAAGAGCUUGCAGCAACUUUGAUGCCAGUAUGACAGCUGAAAAUGUGAUUCUACCUUUUGUACUCAGCAGGUUUAGGAUUGAGUUUCAGGAGAGUCAACAUCAUUACACACACUAUUUCUGUGAAACAGAUGUGUAACCAGUUCAACUCCACAAACAUCCUCACAGCGCUCUGAUAAACUUUUCUGUAAAAACAUUUUUUUAAACUUUGCCUUUAUGUCCUCCAUCAGGUGAUGGGUCUUCUUAACCCAGGCGGCGUCCCUCAUCAGCCCCAGAGUGACUACGCCAUCUCCCCUCUCACAGGGGGUCUUGAGCCCCCAGCUGGCAUGGCCGCCAGCUGCAGCCAGCGCAUGGACCACAUCAAGGGCCUGGAGGGUCUCACCAGCGUCCCCUCUAUGUCUGCUCUGCCCUCCCUGCCCAGCUCCCAAUCUUACUGCCCCCCCUCCUACAGUUCUCCGGGCUACACUGUUGACCAUGUGGCGUCUUACCAGUAUGGCCAGUACGGACAAAGUAAGGUCAAUAAACCUUCAUUUUUUUUAUCCUCACCUUUCACCACCUACACUCACACCUACAGGAGAGAAAAAAAAACAAAAACAAAACAAAGAAUCAAUCUCUAAAUUUUUCAUUCAUGAACACACAAAUUUACAAAAACUGGAAAGUAGUUUGGGAUUUAAAAAAGCUGAAAAUAUACAAACAAAACGCAAGUUUAAGAAGAAAUCAUGGAAGAGCUAAAAGAUUUAGAGCAUGAGAAAAAUUAUUUAUCAAUUUGUCACACCCCGUUCUUGUCUUACCAAACUUUUCAGUGAAUUCAGGGACAUCUGCAUAUUGCUGCCCAAUUUGAAACAGUAACCCUCACCCUAUAUGUUUAUUUUUUUUAUUAUUUUUUUUUUUAUUGUGACUAAUUGUUGAAGUUUAAUUGUAAUUUCAUAUUUAGCUACAUGUUUAAAUCUCAUUAGUAUGCAUUAGGAAUAUUUCAUGUCAAGUUCAUGUAAACAAAACAGAUCAAGCAAAUCUUAGCUGUGUCUUGAAAAAGAAAUGUAGUGUAUGAUCAAAACUUUUAGAUUAAUUAUUCCAAUAAAUGUAGCUCUGCUGCACUGGUGGGGUCUGAAACCAUGACUUAUUAUUUUUAAAGAUAACAAGAUUACACUUUAAGAAAUUAGCAGGAAUGGGCAAAAUGAUGUGCAGUUACGGAGACAUAAUUUUCAUCUCUCACUGACGUCCAGUGAUUCCUGGUUAAUGCAACAGUUUUCCAGUUUGGUUGAUUUUUCUGGUUCAUCCAGGUCCAGUUUGUGUGAAAGGACCAAUUUGUGAUAAAGGAUAUAACAGCACACUGACCCGACGACCUGCAGAUCCACUCGAACUUAAAGAACUUCAGUGAUAUUUUAAUUCUGUUUGAUACGAAGUGACUUCUGACUUGUGUCAAUGAAGCCAUCUGGUUCUUUUUCAGAAAAACAGACGAGAGAUUUAAAAAAAAAAUUGGUCUGUUAAUUUUGGACCUCGACCACAUCACACUUAACACAUUCAAGCUGGAAGUCCUACAAUUAAAUAUUCAUUUCAAAGCCUUUCAGAAAUUUUACAGCUUUUUAUUUUGCCUGCAUGGUUACUGUAACUUCCUAAGCUCCAUUGUCAAAAUAAAAAGAUAAAUAAAAAAACACAAUAACUUUGAGAAAAUAGAUGCCUCAGGACUGAAAAAUCCAGUUUUGACCACAAACUGGCACGGCCAAUGGAUUUUCUUUCUAAUCAGUGACCAUAAGAAACCCCACAGCCCCUCGAGUUUCCAGGAUCUGCAGUGACCUUUCACUUCUUUUCACUGAAAUGAGUAGAAAACAUCUGAACCCAGUCAGCCCAUACAGUAUAUGAUUAGCGGGUGUUCUGGUAGUCCAGUGGCCCAACACACAGAACAUUGAACCGCACAUUCCUCGCUUUGAUUCCAGCAGUUUUGCAAUUUUUUUCCUGGUCCAAUCAUGCAGUCUCAAGUGUUGGGGUUAAUUGUGCAGAUCUGAUUCUAUGAAGUGAUCCAGCUGGGCACAGAUCCUGAAACCUGUGGUUUGGUGUUCUGCAGAGUCCGCUCCCAUCAGGGGAAGGCAGUGCCUGGUCGCCCUCCUCAGACUGUUUGCCCUCAGAGAUUACCUACCUGUGUAUCAGUGAGAGGCUCUUUUCACUUUACAUUACUGUUACUUUAAGGGUUAAAUUCAACUUCAAACAUAUCUACGACUAAACUUUGGAAACAGCGUCUUUCUCCGUCACCGCGUGAUUACAGCGGCCGCCGUUUCCAAUUUUUGGUCUACAGGGGGUUGACCAAUCAGGUUCAUCCAGUGACCUAGUGGCGACCUCGAGACAACCCUUCAAAGAGCGAGUCGAAUCCGACCACGGCAGGUAUCGAAUGAAUAUCAGCCUAAUAUGCGAGAGAAGCAAACGUCUAAUAAAAUAUCUCGGUGAAAUAUCUCAGAGUGAACAGAAUUUAGAAUUAGGGCGGCACACUUGAAAACCUAACGCACAUCGUUCUGUGCAUGUACACACACACACACACACACACACACACACACACACAAGCUACGAGUGCAGCCGCAAGGGCAGCACACGCACUGACACACACCUCCACAAUGCAACAAACCCGAGCAGUCCAUCUUGAUGUGAUUAAUCAGUGCGACUGGAUAGCCGGUGUGCGGUUGGGUUUGGAGCGGCAGAGGAAAGGUCCUUUCUGGGGGUGGACGGAUCCUAAUAGCCUCUGGCAGGGCGGCUAUUAGAAACAGGUGCUGGCUCUGAGGUCAGCUGGGGAAGCAGCGCUGGAUGGUGCUGCUCCAGGUUCCUGUGUAAGAGGCAGAGCGCUGCGAGCACUGCAGACGACAUGUCGGACAAGUUGGGGACUACAGCGGCAAUCCAUAAAGUACUUCUUUGUGUUUAGGUAAUGUCUCUGUUGCUAGGUGGGAAUUAUAGAAGUGUUUACGCACAGCGCUCACCUGCCAGCCAGUAAGUCCAACGCUGCUGCCAUUGCUUCUGGAAAUUCCCCUCUACAGUGUCUUGGCCUGUUCAGUCAUGGUCAAAACUUCCACCUACUGGAAUCAGACACAAAACUGCAGACUAGGGCUGAAAGAUUAAUCACGUUUGCCACUACAUGACGAUAUGAUCAAAUGCGAUUUUCUCACAGCAGAGGCUGGGAUUUUGAAUGCAGUUGACUGCAAGUGAGUGGAGCAAAGCAAAGUGGGCAGGGAGAGAAGUCAACAGGGCGCUCUGUUGCACUAUCCCCUAAUGCUUGACAGAAGCUGACACUGCAGAAAAUUUAGUACCAAAGAGGGGCAGCAUGGCAGUUGUGUGGAUUUAUUUUGGCAAAAAAAGAUGCUGCUGCGCAACGUGUGCAGAACCUGUCGUGCUGUUGCUACAUCAGGAGGUAACACUACAAACCUUUAUCAACACUUAAAAAUCACCACAAAGCCGUGUACGAUAGCUGAAUGGCUAAAACACCAGCGACCAGUGCAGCAAACCACAUCUGCAUAACGACGGAAAAUGCAUCUGAGUGAAAAGUCCUGACUCCAGUGUUUUGAGCACCAAUUACAUCUAUACGUCCAAAUGGUACGUAAAUAAGUAUCAUGACAUAUAUGAGUGUGUGUGCAUGUGUGUGCAGAGAGAGGUUGUGUGUGUGUGUGUGUGUGUGUGUGUGUGUGUGUGUGUGUGUGUGUGUGUGUGUGUGCGUGCAGAGAGAGGGUGAGAGAGAGAAUUUAGGAGUUGGAGGGAGAGAGAGAGAAUGUGAACGUGUGUGUUUAUUCCAAAAUUGAUAAUCUUUGGCCAACAAGAUGGGGAUCCAAAGAAAUGACAUUUCCAAAAAGAACAAUUUAUUGAUACUAAAUAAAAAUAAUCGCAUUUAAAAUCGCAAUCACAAUGUUGAGGAAAAAAAUCGCAAUAAGAUUAUUUUCCAAAAUCAUUCAGCCCUACUACAGACUGAGUAAGUGAUCCAAGGGUGUUGCAAACUCCAACAAUGAUGGUCACCAUGUUGGAAAUGCUGAGUCCAACAAACCAGAACUGGCAAACAGAGGCACUGUGACCAUCAAUCAUAUAAGCCACUCCCCCACUUAUGCAUCAGUAAACAAACUCAAAGUCUGUACAGAAUCAAAUUAUGCACGUUUACGAAAAACAAACAAACAAACAAACAAACAAAAAAAGAAACGCCCCAGUUGAGUUGUUCGCAAUAAAGGAAUGAAAUAUAUAUAUAAAAAAAGCUUUACACCAUGUUUAAUUCUGCUGCAAAAACUGUAGUGUAGUUUUAGUUCAGGCAGGUCACAAAGUCAAAUUCAGCCAACAGCUGACAGCUCAGCCAUAAGUUGACACUCAAAUUUAGCCCCACCCACUCUUCCUGCCUUCACCUCAGCCCUUCCUUUAUGCUGAAUCUGAUCCUACCAAUGUCAUGAAGACUGUUAUGAUGUCUGCUUUGUAUCCUGGAGGACUUUGCUGAUGCUCUCCCUGCCUUAGCUUGUCAUGUUUGCACAUGGAGCAGAGGGGCAGGUGUGCUCUUCCUUCCUCAGGCAUUUCAUGUGUACAAGUGGAAGGGCAGGGAGCUCUCGAAACAGAGCUACACUGCCAAUUAUAAGUUGCUGCAAAUGAUGAGUUCCUUUUUGACGAAGGUGGUCCUGACUGGAACUGGCAUGAUUAAUGUUGGUUGUUUUUGUAACUGCAGUUUUUUUGCCCUUUUUUGUUGGCUCCAUUUUUCAACAUCAGCUGUUGCUGUCAUUUAAAAUUUGAGGUUUUCAGAAAGCAAUUUUGCAUUUAUUUUUAUGACUUUAAAUUCGUACAUGAUUAUUAAUUUACAGGUGUAUUAAAAUUUUCAUUCUACCCUUUUCUUGUGAGACUAAUUGUUUAAGAAAAUACGAACUGUAAAGACUCAGCAGAACAAUUUUAGCAGGAGAGCGACAGGAAGCAACCAAAUUGGGUGACAUGCGUUUUAUACAAUCAGUCAAUAAACUGAUAAAAUAUUCUUGCUACGAUGCAAAUCACAAUAAUACAAAUGUCAUGGCAUUUCAUAUGUUGCAGGUGAAGGAUAUCUGCUUCAUUUGAGAACAAAAAUAAUAAUGUAUGAGGCAAACUCUCUGAGUUCAGGACGUUAACGUGAUUCAGUCUAUUCUCUAAAUGAUGAUGAAUUUGAUCACAGCAUCCACACACUUCUGAUGACCUCACACCCCAGCCAUUGUUAGCACACACUAUGCUAACAGCAGCCAUAUGUUCAGAGGAUAUCACUAAAACAUGUGCCUUUGAUUUACUACAGCCAUACAUCUCUUUUAUCAUCCCUCCACUUUUCUCCUGGUCAUAAUUUAACACCUGUUUCUUCCUUUUCCGCACAGGUGCCCUUUCUUAUCUGAGGCCUGAGAUCACCUGAUCCUGAGACUCCACAGAGGGACCUUUGCGUGUACAGCCAUAGAAAUCCUGCAUUAUCAGGACCAAACUCUUGCGACAGUUUACUGGGACAGGUUUUCCAGAGCAGGAAAAGUACUAUUGAAUUUUUGUGCAACGAAAAGGAGAAAAAGAAGGGACCACAAGAAGGACUGAAAGACCAAAAACUGUGCAACUUUGAACAUAAAAAAACAGUCCUGAAGUAGAAAGAGGGAUGUCGAGGCUUCAUGUGUUUGCAGCGCUUUGAGGAGGGAAAUCCAGCGACCAAACUCUAUCAGAGGACUCAGAUCUACGCGCACAGACUUCAAGUCUUUGAGUCGAUGCUUGAGGAGCCUGUUUAUGUAUCUACACGGCAGAACAUGUACAAUCUCUGGAUCAGUCCUUGACGUGAAUCUGCAGAGUAAAUGAAAAGAAAAGGCUUCCUUUUUUUUUCUUUUUCUUUUUUUGUCGUUUAUUUGGAGAGAAAUUCCUCAGACAGAGAAACAAACCUGAGCAAACAAAUCUUUGGGUUUUAUUGUAUCCCAACCUUUAAUGUACAACCCAGCUGUACUGCAGAGAGAGCUCUCCCAAACAUUCCUCCACCCCCUCCGUCGCUCCCUCCUCCUGCCUUCUCUGUUUCAUUGAUGUUUUGGGACGGUGAAGCAGGGAUCCUGGCCUUUUGUAGUUUUUAAAGAGGAACUCAGAGGAGGUCAGGGGUUGACUUUAGGAAAAGUGACAGAUGAGAGAGCAGUCGAGGAGGGCGGACAGAGAAGUGGCUUACAAAGAAAGGGGGAAGGGGUGGGAUAGGCUAGAUCGAUCACAGGGUUAAAAAACCCUUUAAAGAUCCUCUCCCAGUGAGAAAAAGCCACCAGGUCACAAGUCACGACCGAGAGACACUCGAGAAACUGAGAGACUUUCUCCCAGCUGACCAGAAGUGCAAUAUCACAUAUCUCAGAGUCUUAAAAACAAUAAAAAGCGUUUAAAACAAUAAAAAAUCAAACGUGCCUCUUUAAAAGUCUUACACUCUGGAUCUACUCUUGGGAUUUUGUUUGAAGCUUUCCCAAAGGAGCAACACAUGUGCCUUUGAGGCUUCAGGUCCAAAAUAAAUAAGAAACAUUGUUAAUAUCUCUGUAACAGGACACUGAGGGGACCACAUUUGUAAGUCAUGAGGAAAAGAAUGAAUGAAGGGCAUGCCAAUGUAAACACAAACCAGGAAUGAUGAAGCCAAAACAGAAUUUUACUUUAUUUUUUUAUGUUGCUUGGGACCAUUUUGCAGGAAAUAUUGAUUUUAUUCAUUCUGGACAUAUUUAUUGUCAGAAAUGUUCUGUACCUGAUCAUUUUCUUAAAUUUCCCACCAUGUACAAAUGACAAUACUAUAUCCAUCAACCUCUUAGAAUAACAGAGUGCCUUCAGGAGUAUCUCUGUGUUGUACAUCUGUUCACGAGUGUGUUUCCAUGGACUUGAGAGUCACAGUACUAAUCCGGUUUUUGAAGUAUCCUAUUUUUGCAUGUCAACAUCAUACCCUGAUUUCAGAAUCCGGGGUGGUCGUCUCAUGUCAGGAUCAGUUUGAUCUGUAGAUGGGGGGCAACACUGAAAUGCUACUCAUGUCUGUGGUCAACAGGCUACUGGACACUGGUUUCUCAGUAUAUAAGGAGCAAGUCAGGCCACAUUAGAAAGUACUCAAGAAACAUAAAUUAUUAUUUAUUUGCCCCACAUUGCAACCUCUGCAUGUUCUGCAACCUGCUUCCACCCCAGCCUUUCCUUGUUAUGCUGCCUGGUUUUACCAGUCAUAUGUUUACCCAUGAUACCUGGUCCACCCUGUAUCCUGAUGGUCUUUGCUGCCACUCUCCCUAUCUUUCAGUGUAUGCACAUAACAGGGACAGGAGAUAAGCUCUCCCUGUUGUAGGCUCUACAUAUAUUCAAGUGCUGUGCUGGUGCUCCCCUCUGCAGGGAGAGCACUAGCAAAGCCUGGGGGUCUUUGCUGAGACUCUCCCUACCUUUUAUUAUAUGCACAUAACAGAGACAUGAGAUAUGCUCUCCCUGCUGUAGGCUUUGGCACUCUUUAUAUGUGAGUGUUUUGCUGGUGCUCUCCCUGCCUCUGGCACUCAACAGACACAUGUUGAAGAGAUGCUCUCAGUAUAUAACUUAUUGCAUAGUUGUAUUGCAGGUUUCUCUGAGUGCAUGUAAAGGCCAGACCCUUAAUAUGAUCAAAACCAGGCUAAGUCCGGUAACUAGGAUACCAAGUCCAUGUAAACACACUCAACGUUAGAAAAAGCAGUCCUUUCAUUCCUUUGUUAUAAUUUUUGUAUUAUUGGACGAUACAUUAUGACAUUGCGUCAUGUGUAUGAGCGCAUUAUCUCUACUAUUUAUAAUAAAAUAAAAGCUCUGAAAACAGCUGCUGUUUGUGUUGGUUCUCAAUUCAGCUGGCCGUAUUUCAUAAAAGAAGUCUUUGUGUUUAUUUUUGCCACAACAUGAGGAGAAACAGAAAGCGAGUGACUGUGAUUCACUCUGCAGAAGAAUCCAAUUCGGAGACAAAUGUGUACUUUGAAGACAUUCAUGUGAACCCUCCAACCAAAAUAGGCCGAGCCAAAUGGGGAUCACCAGACAUUAUUUGACACCGAGCACAACAGGCUUUCUCACGGAUGGUUGUAAACGCUCAGACAUCUGCAUUGGAGAGUAUUAAUACCCUCGCCGGCCCCCGCUACUGUAACAAACUGACUUUUGUUUAACAACCUCUGCAAGCCUUAAAGCGCUUUGGACAAACACCCCCUCCAAAAACCUCUGCAACCCAUCCAGCCUGCUUACACACACAGGCCGGAGUCUGUGAGUGUUUGUGCACCACAUGCAUUCAUACAUUAUGUUCAUGCUCACACAUUUAGUUUUCAUGUGUGUGUGUCUGUUCAUGCAGCCGGAGGGUAUUGAGCCUAAUUAUAACAUUCUUCUGAUUAAUCGUGUCUGCUCACAGCCCUCGGAGGGCCGCCGCUGUGUGCAGCUCGUGCAGCGGGACCACACGCUCUAUAAAUAAAGUCUAAGUCAAUAACAACGUGAAGGAUCACUCGUAGUCUUGUCAGCUCUGUUUGCUAAGCCUGAAUAAUUCAACCAAUGAGAGGACACCAACACACACACACACACACACACACACACACACACACACACACACACACACACACACACACACACACACACUCUGGAAAAGUCUGAGGAGCAGCGGUGUGAUCACACACACACACACACACACACACACACACACACACACACACACACACACACACACACACACACACACACACUGUUUGCUUUCUUAAUCAGUCCUUACCAUUAAAGAUGAAGACAAAUCACACCUGUGAAAUACCAAAGCCUAGCAUUACCUUUAUUAAUGACCCC